AACAGUUUGAAACCAAGCUACGUGGCAUCAUGGAAUACCACAACUUCAUGCUGGAACAUUAUUUCAAGUGCGACACGGUAAACCCUGAUGACGUGCUGCGCGAUGCCAUGCAAAUGGCAGAAAUCAUCAAGCCAAUGAUUACCGACAUUCCUAACCGUUUGGCUGAAUUGCGCAAAGCGGGCAAAGACGUGAUGCUGGAAGGCGCACAAGGCACGUUGCUGGACAUCGACCACGGUACGUACCCGUUUGUAACCUCCUCCAGCACCACCGCUGGUGGCGCUUGCACCGGCUCUGGUAUUGGCCCGCGUAACCUUGAUUACAUCCUCGGUAUCACCAAAGCCUACACCACCCGUGUCGGUUCUGGCCCUUUCCCGACUGAGUUAUUUGAUGAGGUGGGCGCUUAUAUUGCCAAGCAA